GCUGUUGACCUUGACGGUUAUGUCACUGCUCUAGAAAAUCUUGAGAGUGAAGAUGAACGAAACGAGGAAAAGGCUAAUACUGCUGCACCAUCAUCUUCAGACGAAACACAGCAUCAGGUCGAUUCUUGUACUUUCGGUGAUGAAGAGAGUAUCUAUGAGACUUCGGAUGAGUUACCUCCUACGGAUCCUCCAGCUGAUGUACCGAAUACUCCGAUGUUUUCUGCUCGUGCUGCCUGUGCCGGUGACGGAGUUGAAGAGGAAGAGAACGACGUAGUAGAAGAUCUUGCGAAGUGGAGAACGAAUUAUGACGAUAGACCUAUUUGCCCACUCCCUACUCCAUUUCGAAAGGUGAGGAAGUGCCAGAAUAUUUACUAUGUGUGA